AUUCACUACCUUAGUUCAAUCUCUCACAUACCAACUCCCACAUUAUCUACACUCUCUCAAGCCACUUCAAAAUAUUGUUCCACUCUUCUUGAAUCUGAGCCCCUGCACAAACACUUGCAUCACAAUUCUCACUUCUCCAAAAAGCAGUUUUUCAAGAGCUCAUCAUGGACAGGGUUACAAAAUUGGCUUCGCAAAACGCAGUUGUGAUCUUCAGCAAAAGCUCCUGCUGCAUGUGCCACACCGUGAAGAGGCUCUUCCGCGAGCUCGGCGUGAGCCCGGCGAUCCACGAGCUCGACGAGAACCCCAGGGGGGCCGAGAUGGAGCGAGCCCUUGUGAAGAUGCUAGGGCGGACACCGCCCGUGCCCGCUGUCUUCAUUGGCGGCACCCUAGUCGGGCCUACCGAGAAGGUCAUGUCCCUCCAUCUCGGCGGCAAGCUCGUUCCCCUGCUCCGCGACGCAGGAGCUAUCUGGCUCUAAUACAAUAUUAAAAAGAAGGAGAAAAGUUACGUAUCAAAAUGCUACGGUAUUCGAAUCAUAGUAGAUUCAUAUUUCCAGCUAAGUUUAUUUCUAAAAGAAAUAAACGAAACGGAUAACAUGUUACCUAUCAGCAUUGCUCGAAAAUUUUGGAUGAAUUUGAACUAUGUUCAUAAUAUGUGAUCU